AUGAGUGCGACUAUCUCUCGAUCAGUCUCCGGAUCCACAUCUGUUUCGACCAGCUCGGUUUUUGUUUCGCGCUCUUCUCCUUCGUCCAAUACUGGCUACAACAACUUGAAGACGUGCAAAUCUGGAUAUGGUGCCUCGACCGCUCUUACUUACAGUAAGCCUUCCAGCAAACCUUUUAACGAUAACAAGAAAUACGUGUACCCGACUCCAUCCAGCUCCACGUAUGACGACGACUGGGACAACGCUCAAGUCUCAACCGCUCCCUACCAAUCCGGCUACAUACUAGCCACCGAAACACAGACUAAGACCAGCGCUACUCUGAGCUAUGUCACAAUGGAGGUUAAGACACGCACUGUUGCCGUCAAUGUGCCGACUAUCACCGAGUACGUCGCGGACGUUGUCGCCGUCUGUUCCGCUGGUCUUAUCACCAACACUGUCAUGACUACUGCGCCCUGCGAUGCGGGAUGCACUGAGCGUCCGACUGGUGUGCCUCAAGGGUAUGCUACCAAGGAAGUCUACUGCUCGGCCUGCGCUACAUCUUCGAUUGUGGUUGUUACCUAUGCCACUACUUCUUCUACCGCUUACGUUGGUAGCCACUUCUCAGCACACCAUGUUCUUAUAAUUUAAUGUUGAAUAUGUUGUGGAAUCGAAAACAGCGAGACGAUCGCGAUCUAUCCGAAACUUCGACCGUGAAGAUUGGAUAAAGGUAACACAUGGGACAAAAUUUAAUCUUAACAUUAUUGAUGGUCAUAUGUAGUUCCGAUAAAAGACAAAUAGACCUACGCAGCCAUAUCAUGACAAAAUCGUGUGUACCAUACAAGCCAAAAUCAAAACGCCUGUAAACCAUCUCGCCAUUUGCGCCUCAUGAAAGCAACCUCUUGAACCCUUACAACCUCAACUUUGACCUACACACAACUUUCAAUUUCCCUCUUUUCUAAAGCCAGAUGAUUCGUCGUAUUCUUAAUCACUAUCUUCUCUAUCAUUCCCUUCCGUGGUGUUGUUCAU